UUUCCCGAUUUGCUUUUUAUAAUAAUAAAAUUUGUGUUACUUUAACUUUAAUAAAAUCAAUAAAAUCGUAAUAUCGUAAUCUUUAAGAGCAUUUUUUUCAAAUAAACAUAUAUAUAUAUUCAUUAUUAAAUAAGUUAAAUGGAUGAAAUUUCCGUAGUAAUCGAUGAUAUCGAUAAAAUUCACAUUUAUGGUGACAAAAAACCACAUAACGGUAAAUCUAUUACGAGAAUAGAAGUAUCACCAAAUGAAAAAUGCCUUGUUACUUAUAGCGAAGAUGAUGAAUCAAUUGUUUGUUGGAAUGUUGAAAGUAGUAAAGGUGAGGGUCCACUUACACCAGACUUUACUUCCAAUAAAGUGGAUAAUCAUAUAGAACAAAUAUGUGUCUCUGAUAAUAUGGAGCUUGUUUAUACUUACGAGUUUCUUAAUAGAAAAGAAAUAAAAAUACGCGAUAUGAAAAAUGAACAAGAAAUUCAAUUAGGUUGCGGACUUGGUGAACUUGGUGAACAUGAAUAUUGUACCUUUAACCUGAAUUCCGCCGAUUUUAUUUUACAUGGAAGUGUCAAUGAUUAUGAUUUGCUUAUGAUUUAUUCCACGCAAACCAAAAAUAACAAAUGGUGGUGUAAAAGAAUGUACAAUAUACCAAAGGAUUUUAAAUUGAUCAGCGUACCAAAUUAUGAUAAUAAUAUUUAUUUGUUUUCAAAUAACUUCAUUUACGAAUGGAAUCUUCUUACCGAAAAACGUACAAGAAUAUUUGGUAAUGACGAAACAAAAUAUGAUUAUAAGAAAUUUAGAAAAGAUAUCAGAAUUUCCAUUGAUAAGAAAUUUAUUUAUAUAAGAAUCAAGGAUAAAAUUGUUAUUUAUUCAAUUGAACUAGAAAUUCCUAUUGCUUCUUUGGAUAUAAAUAAUGAUAUUCAAUUGUACAAUCUUAUGAAUCGUAUUAUUUUAAAUUUACAUUUGUUACUUCCAUUAUUAAGUACUAAUAGUAAAAUUUGGAACUUCGUCAUGAAAUAUUGUUGGAAAGAAUGUUUAGACCAGAAUGAACAACUACAAUUCGAAAUUUCAUGUGAUAACAUUCAAACUAAAACCAAAUACGCAUUUCAAAUUCUAGAUGGAUAUGUGUGGAAAGCUGAACUUAAAAAAAAAAUAGCAAAUAUGAAUUUUGUGAACGAAUUAUAUGUUAAAAUUAUUGAAGAUUUGAAUUCCGACGAAUUUAAUGACAACAAGAGAGAUGAGAAAAUUAUUGAAUAUUUGAGUUCUGAUGAAUUUGAUGAUGCUAAGAAAAUCAAUAUGGAAGCAUAUAAAAAAUAUGAACACUUAAACAUUCAUUUAUUUAGUCCAUAUAUGAAUACUAUACGUAAAUUAUUUAAAGACAAGUCGAAUGUUAAAUAUAAUCUAAAAUUAGAAUCAUUGGAACAAAAUUCAAUUAGAUGGGAAAUUAGGUCUUAUAAUGAAAGAUCAAUUUUAUUGCAAGUUUUUAACGUAAAUAAAAAAUGGGAAUUAAUUGGAUCACGAGUUGAAAAUUUUAAUAUUCCUAUGGAUACUACUAUCUACUUACUUGAAAUUGAGUCACUUAAUGAUAUUGAUAUCAUUUUAACAACAUCAAUAGAGUUAUACCAAGAUCCAUUUAGGAAAAAUUAUAAAAUAUUUUUGAACGAAACUUUACCUUCACCAAAUUAUAUUAGUUUUAAAAUAAGUAAUGAAUGGGUUUUAUAUGUAAAAGAUAAUAAGGAAAGUCUUUUGAAAUAUGGUGUUGAAUUAUUAAAAUUCGCAAUUAAAGAACAAAAAUUAGAAUUAAUUGAUAAUAUCUAUAAAAAAUGUAUUGAAUUUUUUAAAGAUGAUUUAAAAAAUAAUAGGAUGUUUUUGAAUAUUAUUACUUCUGCAAUGCCAUAUUUGAGUGAAUAUUUUCCAGAUUAUAUUUCAAGGUAUUCAUUAGCGACAACAAUGAUUAUAGAUUACCCUACUUAUAAUAUAGAAUAUCAACAUAACGAUUCACAUCUUUAUUCUUUUCAAUAUCCUCAAAUAGUUAAUUUAACAAAAUCUAUUUUAUGGUUUAAAUACAACCUAAUGAUGGAUGAAUUAAGGAGAAAUUAUAAGAUAAUACACCAUUUCAUUAAUAAUAUUUACUUAAAUGAUGCAUUUUCUAUUUAUUUUGAAGUUGUUGAAAAACUAUCAAGACAUAGUAAAACAAUACCAAUAAUUACUUUUAUGGUUCCUUAUGUUAAGUUUGUGAAUUAUCCAAAAGAUUAUAAUUGGUUUUUAGAAUUAAUUUCGCCUCAACCUAGUCCAUUUGUUAACACAAUAAGUAGUGAUAUAUAUAAAACAUUAGAUGGUGAAGCAUUAAUUAAUUUUAAAUGGAAUACCUACGGAAAAUAUUAUCAUUCAAUGAUUUGGAUUGGAUUUAUGGCUUUUCUUGUAUGUUUUAAUGCAGCUGCUGAAAUUCCUCAACAAUAUAUUGAUGAAAGUGUUCAAAAGCAACUUUUAAUUGCUUCAAUUAUACUUGGAUUUAUUCAUUUGGGUAUUGAAAUUCGGCAGUUUAUUUAUUAUCCUGCGAAGUGGAUUAGUGAUAUUGGAAACAUGCUUGAUAUAUGUGUAUAUGCAUUUCCUAUUUACACUUCAAUUUUGUUACUUCAAACAAGUAAUCAUGAUCAGUUAAUACCAUACGUUACUUUUUCAUGCCUGUUUUUAAAUUUAAAAUUAAUAUCAUUUUUUAGAAUAUUUGAAAUUUACGAUGAAUAUUAUACAAUCGUUAUUAGAAUUGCUAAACGGGUCAUGUUUUUCUUUGCAUGCUUUAUAAUGAUUAUUUUAACAAGUUUCGCAUACGCAUUUUAUAUUUUAUUAUCACCGAAAAUGAACUAUUCUUUGGGAGAACGUAUAGUUAAUGAUGACCCUAAUAAUCCCUGGAAUAUGGCACCUACCUACCAAGUAUUUGAAAAUGCAACCAGCCUUUUUUCCAAUUUAUUUAUUUUACAAAAUCCUGAUGAGAACACAAACAUGUUUACAAACUUCGGUACUUCAUUUUUUGCAACUUGUUUAUUACUUACAGGUGAUACAAGUUCGUUAUCCAAUUGGCCAUAUGAAAAAAAUCCUACACUUAUGAUAUUGAUAAUGUUGUUCGCAUUUAUAAUGGCUAUAUAUAUUCUAAAUGUAUUUAUCACUCUAUUUGGUGAGGCGGUGAAAGAUUAUGAUGACUCACAUUUGAUAAUGAAGGCAGAGCAUUUGGCUAAAAUUGAGUUAUUUUACCUAUUACCGCAUCAGAGACGUUGGGAAUCAUGGUUCCCUGAAGUAAUGCAUUAUUAUUCCAGCGUGAAUAAGACUCGAAAAAAAAUCAAAGAAAUGUUUGAAAAUAAAGAAUGGAGUACUAGUACCAGUGAAUUCUCAGAAUUGAAGGAGGAUUUAUUAAAAAAGCUCCAUAUGAUUGACAAGUAGACUCGUGAAAAUUAUUAGAUUAUAUAUAUAUAUCGUAAUAGAGUAUAUGUUUUAAUUAUUUAGGAAUACUUUCUUUUUUUAUCUCAUGAUUUUUAUUUUUAAUAUUAUAACUUGAUCAUUGAAAUUCUAUAAUAUUAUAUUUGGUACCAGUUUGUAAUAAAUAU